UCAAAGAGAUAGCACACAGAGCAAAAAAAAAAAAAAGAAAAAACUGAUGAGAUCCAUGGAUGAAUUCAAGAGUUAUUUAUGGGGAUGAAGAACAAGCCGAAGGCACGGCCAAAGUGUUCCCCGAAACAUGGGCGAUUUCAGUAAUCUGAUUAUGUGGUUUUGCCUCCUGUUACCCUGCGUCUAUCUGUUUCGGAUCAUUUCCCGUAAGACCAGCAACCUGCCGCCGGGUCCGGUGGGUUUUCCGGUGGUGGGCUCUCUCUUCCAACUUGGGGACAUGCCCAACGAGUCGCUGGCCAGGCUCUCCGAGCUGUACGGGCCGCUGAUGGCCCUCCGGCUCGGUUUCAGAACCACCGUGGUUGUCUCCUCGCCGGAGAUGGCCCGAGAGGUUCUCCACACGCACGACCACGCUUUCGCCGGCCGAAUCCUCAUGGACGUAGCCAACAACCAAUUCGACUACCCCAAAUAUUCGUUGGUGUUCAAUCAGAACGAAGCGAAAUGGCGGGAGCUGAGAAGGAUCUGCAUCAGCGAACUGUUCACGCCCAAGAGGUUGGAUGCGCUAAGGGCUGUGAGGGAGCAGAAGGUGCGAGCCCUGCUCCAGCAUAUCCGCACCGCGUUCGCCGCACGCCGGCCGGUGGAUAUCGGCGACCGCGUCUUCGCCACCGUCUUGAACACGGUCUCCAACACACUGUUCUCGCAGGACGUGGUGGACCUGGGGUCGGAGUCGGCGGCCGGGGAAUUCAAGAGCAUAGUGUGGGGGAUGUUGGAGGCCGGCGCGAAGCCGAACCUCGCCGACUUUUUUCCGGCGCUGCGGCCGUUCGAUCCCCAAGGCAUUAGACGGCAAAACGACGUUCUUGUGAAGCGGUUGUACGCCGUCUUCGACGAGGUGAUCGAGAGGCGCUUGGAGUCUUUUGGGGCGACGGAGGGGCGGGGCAGCGGCGGAGAAGGCGACGAUUUCUUGAACGUCCUUUUGGAGCUUGAUGGGAAGGCAGAGUCAGAGGUCAACAGACUGGCCAUCAAUGCCGUGUUAGGAGAUCUCUUUGUUGCUGGCAGUGACACAAGCACGAACACCAUAGAAUGGGCAAUGACAGAACUGCUUCGCCAUCCAGACAAAAUGGCUAAAGCACAAUCUGAGCUCAGAGAAACCAUUGGCGCGGAUCGUUUCGUGACAGAAUCUGACAUAUCACAGCUUCCUUACUUAGAAGCAGUGGUGAAAGAGACCUUAAGAUUGCACCCACCUACACCUCUUCUAUUACCCCACAGAGCAGAGGCAACUACAGAGGUAGCCGGUUUCACCAUCCCCAAGCAUACGCAGGUGCUUGUGAAUGUGUGGGCUAUCGGCCGCGAUCCAGCAUAUUGGGAGAAUCCAUCUUCUUUCCUGCCAGAGAGAUUUGUCCAGUCUGACAUAAAUUUCAAGGGGAUGAAUUUCCAGUUCAUCCCUUUCGGUGCUGGAAGGAGAAUGUGCCCCGGCAUGCCUUUGGCGGUCCGCAUCGUUCAUUUGGUGUUGGCUUCUCUCCUCCAUUCAUUUUCUUGGGAGCUGCUCGAUGGAAUGGCUCCCCAACAACUUGGUGUGGAGGCCAAGUUUGGUUUAACACUGCGGAAAGCUGUGCCUCUUAGAGUUCUUGGCUCUCCCUUAAUUGAGAUGUAAAAGGUUGUAAACAAUCCAAGGUUGUGGAGACAUCAAAUUGAACAGUGAACACAUGGGAAAGCUAAAAUUUAGAGAAACGUACUUGUGUUUUCCGCCCUGUUUGGUUGGAGGGAAAGAGAGGGAUUCAACAAUCAACAAUUUGGAUGACCAGGGAAACCAAAUCUGAACCAUUUAGUUAAUUAAGUUUGGAUAUUCAUCAGUUUUUUAUGAAUUAUUAUGCUUUUAAGAGAGGAGGAAUUGAAAUCAGCCGGCCAGGGGAUGCUGCCAAAUGACUAGUUUUUAUGAAAACCUGGUUAAAAGCACCACGCCUUAGAAGCAUUAGCAAAAAAUGUAUGGUGUAGUGACGGUUUAUGGUGUUUUCAACAUUGGUUAAUGGUGCC